GAUGAGCUCGCUUUACCUGCUGUCCCCAAUUUCUAAGGGCGAUACCUGAAACACAGUUCGCUCACAUCGCUGCUAUUUCUGGGCCUCAAACGAAAGGCUAAAACUGUGAGGUGCUGUCAAAUUAAACUUGGGAGCACACACCGCUUCCAACGUUGUGUUUAGUGUCCCCACGCCUGCGCACGGUGUUGAGCUUGAACUAUUACCCACGAGAGUUCAUCAACGACAUAGUUCAUCCAUUAAACGCUGCGCUGUGGCGAAUCGGUUCUGCGUUCCCCGAGCCAACACGCGUGAGGGUUCUGGCGCGCGACGGCCAUACCUGCUUCUCUGCCCGCACUCCAGUGGUCAAUUGGUUUGGACCACGCCGCCCGGUAUCCGGGUGUCACGACUGUGAGGAUGGAGGCUAUCAGUACUCUGCAAGAGGCAGAGGCACAGGAGCGGCAAAGCGAGGCGGCCGUGCGGUUAUUCCAAGCGACCGUGGAGGCCGCCGUCGUGGUUCAGCACGAGGGGUCCAUCCUGCCGCAUGAUGGGCUGACCGUGGUGACAGCGCGGAGUCCGCGCAGCCCCCGGAGCCCUUUAAAGCCAGGGCAAAAGAGCUACCCUGAAUCUCGACCCACCACGGCACCGCCGGAUUCUCCCAGCAAGCUUCAAACAAGUCCCGCCAUUUAUAUGGGGGCACUCUCACCUGAACGGAAAAAGUUCUCCAACCAACUGAGGGCAACUUCGCUGCGGUGCGUGGAGGCGCAGCCCCGGUCGCCCUUGUCACCGCCAGGGGUCACGAUCAAGGAGCCCUGGGUGCCCUUCCAGCGGAUACCCAUGCCGCCCAAGCUGGUGUUCGAGACCUGGUGGCACGAGGCGGGAAAGGACAGGGUGCACAUGCACAUCACGUAUGACACCGCGGCGCGGACAUGCACGGCGGGGACGAGCGUGUCAAUAGCGCUGCAAGUGGCCAAGGGCAACGGCCAGGCCAUUGAUGAGUACGAUCUGCACGUGGGGGCGGAGCUGCGGAUCGCGGGGCGCAAGGUCACGAUACGCAAGGCGGUGACGCUGGCCACGCUCACGUGGCUGGACCAGCAGGCGCGCGCCAUGCUGGUGGCCAAGUACCGUCUGGAGAACGAGCUGGCCAAGUUCAGACCCAUGGUGCCGGUGCCUGGGCAGUACUCAGAGAGUUUGAGGUCGGAGCGUUUCGACCUGGGCACCCACCAGCACCUGCCCGCCGGCGGCCGCCUGAACCUGCGUGCGCUGUUUAACUGGAUAGUCAGCCUGGUGGAGCAGCUGCGGCAACACCGGGUCAAGCUGCCACCCAUGCCGGACGAGGUCGUGGCGCGCGUGGGCGCCGCGGUGGAGGCGCUACCAGGGCCGCCGGACUGGAGCCCGGACCGGCGGGAGACGGAGCGGCUGGCCACGGAGGCGGAGGCGCGGCAGCGGGACCGGGAGGCGGAGGCGCGGGAGCGCGAGGCGCACGACGAGGCGUGGCGCAACGACCUCAUGAACUGGUUGUCCACCAUCCCGCUGGCGCAGUCCUGCUGCGCGGCGUACACGGCCGCGAACCCGCGGCCGAUCGAGACCGGGCAGCAGAAGGGCAAUGGCGGGCGGCCGCGCGCGGCCGCCGGCGCGCUUGCGUUCCAGGCAAGCGUGGUGAGCCGUUACAACGACGCGGACGGGGGCCCACCGGGAACGGCCAACGGCGGCACGCGGCCGUCAGUGUCACGCGUGCAAAGUAUGGCCAAGGGCGGGCUGUCGGGAGAUGGCGGCUCGCUGACGAACCGGACGCUGGGAGGCGGCGGGCUCUCGGCGCGCACAACCGCAUCGCCGGGGUCCGCGCGACAGCCCUCUCGGCAACGACCUGGCGUGUAAACGCAGGUGCUCGACAGCACCGGGAACAAGAAUGGCAUAUGGCAGGUGUGUAUUAAGAUGUGAGCAGCUUACAGCGUUAGGUGUGUAGCGUAGGUGGGGGUGGCGGCAUGAGGUAGGCGAGGUACAGUGUAUUGGCAGGAGGAAGGGCGGCUGCAUACAAUAGGCGAAAUAGUGUUAGUGACGGCCUGACAUGGGCUUGGGGAUCCGACAAUGCAGGCAUGGCACUGGUGCGAGGAAUUUGUGAGACGUUUCAUUUGAGCUGAACCCAUGGUGAGGAAUUGCUUGAGACUAGCUGCACUGGAGGUUCGCAUGACAAUGCAGCUGGGAGCAAGAGGUGCCUUGUCCGCUACCGAAGUGUACACAGAGCCCGUUCACUGGCGGGAGGAAAUCCUGAGGCUAGGGGCAACCUGAAUGCUGCUAGGGGCUUCGUCCAUGGCCGUGACUGUAGGCCGCGAGGUGUCUAGGUGAUCGCCCGGGCCAGCGUCGUUUAGGGCCGUGACUGUAGGCCACGAGGCGUCUAGGUGGUCGCCCGGGCCAGCGUCGUUCAGGUGGGCUCCCAUGCAGGCUGCACUAGCCUGGUGUACUGGAUUCGUGGCGUAGCGUGCAAGUUGUUGUGAUCUACACAACAUGACUGUCAGGUGGAUGGGCUGCAGGGCCGCCUUGAGUUCAGUGAGGUGAGCGGCGCAACAGUGUACGCUUGCUUCUUCGCGGUGAUGUUCGAUGCCUACCCGGAAAGGAUACUGCCGGGGCGGCUGCAAGGGUCAGGAAAGAGAUUAAACUGGGGGACUGCGACCGAAUUACUGCGUUGUGGCGGGGCUAGUGCGCGGCCACGGGCGCCCGGCUAGGCGGCCUCCUGGCACAAUGCAAAGCGACGAACCAGACCUGGCACGGGGCCAGUAGAUAUUAGGGCUUCUUUCUCAGUGGGAGUGUUUGAGCCGUGCUUAGCUACCGUGCCAAGGCGUCAGUUGGUCUGGGGCAAGACCGGCCCACAACCGUGCGAGUUGGGUGCCGGGUCCCCGGACUGUGAUAUGGCGGGUAUCCGGGCAUGGCACGGUACGUGCCAGUGCACCGCGCAGGACUUGUGUUAAAGAGCACAAGGAAAACGUUGCGCAAAGACAGUGUAUGCGAUGAAGCAAAGCGACGGACUUGUGUGUUCAGCAAACGGACUUGUGUGUAUGUUAUAUGUUGCUACGUGUGUGGUAGGAACGGGCAUCUAGAGGCGACCCUACUGGUGUUGCAGCGUGCUACGCAGUGCGCUGAGGAGUCUUUCGGUGAGAGAGCGUAUCCGUAUGAGGCGAUGCCUUGGAGUGCCCCUCCUUGCUGUCCGCCCAGCUCAAGACUAGUUCUUAUAGUCUAUUAGUCUUGCGCUCUCUGGUAUUGCCUGCCGGUUAGCAAUCCCAGAGAGAAUGACCACAUGAUUUAAUGAUAGAACCGGCCCCACUCGAGGGCGCCAAGGGCACCGAGUCGUGUAAGUCUAACGUGAC